GAUGACGACCCUGGUUGCCCCUCCUGCCCCACAAGCUUAUAUUGGGCCUCUGUGUUUAACUCACUUUUCCAUCUCCACACCCCUAGUUACCCCUCUAAAGAAAGGAUCAAUGGCUAGUAUAUACAAGCUUACCGCAGCUCUACGGGGCCACGAGGACGAUGUUCGCGGUGUCGUUUUCCCUUCUCCUUAUUUUGUGACUUCUGUAUCUCGAGAUGCUACUGUUCGACUAUGGAAACGUGAAGAUUCCGAUGGGACUGUCUUCUCGGACCACAUCAACUCGACUGGCUCCGGAUUCAUUAACAGUGUUACUUUCAUUCUUCCAACGGAGGAGCAUCCUAAGGGUUUGGUUGUUAGUGGAGGCCAGGACACCAUCAUCGAGGUUCGAGAACCAGGCUCCAAAGAUACAGACGAUGCAAAGUACCUGCUCUUAGGUCAUACGCAUAAUGUUUGCGCGUUGGACAAUUAUGCGGGCAUCAUAAUUUCGGGAUCCUGGGAUGGUACAGCACGUGUGUGGAAAAACUGGGAAAGCCAAUAUGUGUUAGACGGCCAUGACCAGGGAGUGUUGGCGGUAUUAGUCCUUUCAGGGACGGAUGUGGUCACUGGAUCGGCAGAUAAGACAAUACGGAUCUGGAGGAACGGAAAAACCAUCAAGAAGAUUGAAGGUCAUACAGAUUGUGUGCGUGGAUUGUGCAGGAUGCCAAAUGGUGGAUUUGCCAGCUGUGCGAAUGAUGGGACUGUUCGUAUGUGGUCAUCGGAUGGACAUCAGUUGCAGGAAUUACAUGGGCAUACAGCGUUUAUAUACUCUGUGGCUACUUUACCUUCGGGUGAACUUGUUUCUGCUGGGGAAGAUCGGACAGUGAGGAUUUGGAGAGACGGCGAUUGCGUCCAAACGAUAACCCACCCCGCCAUUAGUGUUUGGUCUGUUGCUGUUUGUGCUCAGAAUGGUGACAUUGUGAGCGGGGCGAGUGAUCGAAUUGUCCGAGUGUUUUCCCGAGAGGAGAAGAGAUGGGCAGACGAGGGUGCAUUAAAGGUAAUACUAAUAAUUGAAAAUCAAGUUGGCGACGUAAAGAAAGACGAUUUGCCUGGUCUCGAGGCUCUAAGGCAGCCGGGCAGGAAGGACGGCCAGGUGCUUAUGGUGCGCAAUGGGGAGACCGUAGAAGCCCAUGUUUGGUCCAAUGCGGCAAGAGCGUGGAACAACGUCGGCACGGUUGUAGAUGCUGUAGGUUCCAGUCGUAAGCAAAUGUUUGAGGGUAAGGAGUACGACUACGUGUUUGAUGUCGAUAUUCAAGAGGGGGCUCCUGCAUUAAAGCUGCCGUAUAAUGCAUCUGAAAACCCAUUUGAGGCCGCUAGAAGGUUCCUUGAGGCGAACGAAUUGCCAAUAUCAUAUCUUGAUACUGUUGGUCAAUUUAUCGUGAAAAAUGCUGGUGGUGUCGCUCUUGGGGUGCAAGAGCAGCCCGCUGGCCCAGAUCCAUGGGGUAUGGAGAACAGGUAUAGGCCAGAUGCGCCUACUCCCCAACAGGCCAAGCCGAAGCGCAUUCCGCAGAAGUCAUACUUGUCAAUCACCGCAGCCAGCCUGCCAACUAUCCAGAACAAAAUCAACGAACUAAACAGAGAGCUGUUGGACAAAGGGGAGAAGGAUAUUGCGCUUAACCCCGACGAAACGUCUGCACUUGCUAAAUUAUGUGGGUCUCUUCAAGCUGUCGCCUCUCCUUCAUACAAGGCUGGCACACACAAUGCUAGCUUUUCAAAUGGCCUUGAAUUGAUCUCCAAGAUAAUCACCAGCUGGCAUCCGCAGAGCCGCCUCCCAGGUCUAGAUCUGUUGAGGUUAGUAGCAGCGGCAACCCCAUUGGCUGCUACAUACGAACCAAUGAAUGGGCUCAAGGCCGGCGACAUUCUUGAGACAUCAGGGGCGUUUGAUAUCAGCCACCCGAACAAUGUCAUGUUGGCAACCAGGACAUUUGUGAAUCUCUUCCAGACCGAGGAAGGCAGGGGCUACAUGGAUAAUCGAUUUGAGCGGACUAUCCAACUCGCCGAGAAGGCUAGCGCCGGAACAGCAAAUCGGAACCUUAAGAUUGCGAAGGCCACACUCCUCCUCAACUACGCAGUUUUGAUCACUUCAGAGGGAGCGAUCGACCGCGCAAUCACACUUCUCGAGCCCCUGACAAAUAUAGUCAAGAAGGAGAUAGAUUCUGAGACCACAUUCCGUGCUCUUGUGGGCCUAGGCACACUUUUGACGCUCCAAAAGGAGGUCAAGGAGGCAGCAUUGUCGGUUUACGAGACCCGUCAAACCGUCGCUGAGGCAGAAAUUAGGGUUAAGGAGCCGAGGAUUAAGGGCUUGGCUACUGAGAUUAGGGGAUUGCUUUAAAAUUGUUUUUAGCAUCGGGAUGUGUUAACUGGUGGUUGGGGUUUCAUUGAAGCACCUUUGUACGAUCGAAAGUUUGAUGCGAUACCGUGGUUUCUCGAGGAAUAAGUUGGCAUUCUUGGGAGCUUUACAGCUGGUGUUCGUGUUGGCUUUUGCGGCACCCUUUAUUAUCUGAAUCCUUGAGCAGUGUGAUUAGUGGUAAGGUGGUGAAUCUGAAUUUAGCUUGAGUAUUUUUACCUAGUUAUCAUAUCUAGGCACGAAUCACAUGGUAUCACUCGGUAGAA